CGCGUCCCGUCCUGCAGGGGGCCGUAGCGCAUUAGUGACGCUUGUGCCAAACUUCCUCCGGAGCGCAGCGACAUUUCACUGAUUUUGGGAAAGUUUUACGAUUUAAACUUUUAUUUUCACUUUGAUUUUACUUCAGAUAUUUUCACCAAGAUUCACUUUGGGGUUAACUUGGACUCGUGGAAAAGCGGAAAUGACCGCCGACACAGAAAGUUCGUCUUGAUCCCAGUCUGAUGCCCCGUCUCCACAGCGCCCCCUAGCUCCUGCUCCUGCUCCUGCCCCUGCCCCUGCUCCUGUCAUCACGGCGGGGCGUCUGCGCUCCGUGUGCCGGGUGGUCAUCUACCUCCAGAGGGACAUGUCCGGCCACAGCUGCCCCAACGAGAGCCACCGUCCCCGGGAGGAGAGCGCCGGGCAGCCCCCCCCUCCGGAGCGGCAGGUCGCAGUGUGUCCGGAGAGCGCCGCCUCCUGUUGCAGUACCCGUCCUUCCCCACAGGGCGGCGCCGCAGAGCUCUCCCUCCACACUCCCCCCGAGCGACCUGCGAGCGGCGCCGUCUGCAGCGCGCACAGACACGCGGCGGCGGGAGGAGGCGGCGGCGCGGCGGGGGGGCAGUACGUGCGUCUGAACGUAGGGGGCGCUCUGUUCCUCUGCCCGCUCCGAGUCCUGACGCGACGAGAGUCUCGCCUCAGAGACAUGUUCAGAGGAAAGACCGAAGUCAUGAUCGACAGAGAAGGUUGGGUUCUGAUCGAUCGCAGUGGGAAACAUUUUGGAUCCAUCCUGAACUUCCUGAGAGACGGGUCCCUGGUCCUGCCCAAGUCCAGAGUCCAGAUCCAAGAGGUCCUGAACGAGGCCCGGUACUACGGACUACAGGGACUAGUACUGCACUGUCAGAGUACUCUACAGAAGGCGAGUCAGGAGCUUCCUCUGUGUGUCACUCCUGUGGUCACCUCCAGGAAAGAAGAAGACCUCAUCAUCAGGUCGUCCACCAAGCCGGUGGUGAAGUUGGUUUACAACCGAAGCAACAACAAGUACUCCUACACAAGUUCCUCUGAUGAUAACCUGCUGAAGAACAUCGAGCUGUUCGAGCGUCUGUGUCUGAGCUUCUGCUCCAGGGUUCAGUUCGUCAGAAACGUGGUCGGGGAUGAGAUCUGCUGCUGGUCCUUCUACGGACAGGGACGCAAACUGGGCGAGGUCUGCUGCACCUCCAUCGUCUACUCCACCGAGAAGAAGCACACCAAGGUGGAGUUUCCUGAAGCUCGUAUUUACGAGGAAACUCUGAACACGCUCCUGUACGAGACUGUUCCUCUGCCCGACCACACGCUGCUGGAGGCCACACGGAGGCGCUACAACCCCUGCGGCUCCCACAGCGAGGAGGACGAGGGGCCCGGACCCGGUCUGGCCCUGCUCUAGACCCGCUCCGGACCCGCUCCGGACCCGCUCCGACCCGCUCUAGACCCGCUCCAGACCCGCUCCAGACCCGCUCCAGACCCGCUCCAGACCCGCUCCAGACCCGGGUUUAGUCCUGGAUUUGUCCGUGGAGACAAAUGGACGCUUUAUUUUUACAUAUAAACGGACUCAAGUGUUUUUCUCGACGUUAUUAUCCAGAUAUUUAAGGGACGAGUUCACACAAAGACAAAUACCGUUGAAAUAUCGUGAUAUCGUAUCGUCAAAAGUCUCACAAUAAUAUCAUGGGCUGUCACAAUAUAUCGAAUUAUACGUUUCUUUGUUUUGUAGUUAUACGGCUUGUUCACAAACACGAGAUUCACGAGGUUCUUUUUGACUGAUGUUUACUUCGCUCUCACAGUUCACAGGUUUAAAAGGUGUCAUUUAUUAUAAUGUCGUGACUCUGUGCCGCUACUACAUCUCCCACAAUGCACCGCUGUCGUUUCCCGUGAAGUGACUGCAUCUCGCCGCUAGAGACGCCGAGAAAACUCAUCAAAUCUCCCCAAAAAUGUCCAAGAGAAGAAAAAUGUAUGCAUGAAUGUGACUGAAGGAGUCAUGUGAAUGUUUUAACUUGAACUUUUAAAUCAAAUCCAGUCCACUUUGUUUCUACAGCACAUUUCAUAAACAAAACAGUUUCCCAAGUGCUGCACAAACACAAAUAAAACAUAACAAAAUAGAAAUAUAAAGUAAAGCUCGACUUCACUCUACUAGUCCUCGUUAAAACAAUAAAACGAGUCAAAUCAAAUAAGAGCAAGAAUACCAGUAAAUAAAAAAAAGGUAAAAAUAAACCUUUAAAAAAAAUAAUAAAUACAUAAAAAAUAAUAAUAAAUAAAUAAAAAUAAAAAAUUAUACAUUAAAUAAUAACAAUAAAAAAAAUAAAUAAACAAAAUGAAUAAAUAUGAAAUGAAAAAUCAAAUACAGACUUUUACAGAUUUGUAACACACUGAUAUUACAGUUAGUUGCAGUGACAUCAUGUUGGGGGUGUUCUACAUGUCUCUCUAAGGCAGAAUGUUCAGCAGUUGCCAUGGUGACAUAAUGCCACACAUAAGCAUAGGGUGACCAGAUUUUCAAAAUUAAAAAAACUGGGACGUCCUCGGUUUGUGGUGGUUGGAAUGAAUAAAAAUGUGAAUCGAGGGCGAAAAUAAGGAAAAUAAGUCAGUAAAGUCACAUUUUAUUUGUGUUUGUGUCGUUUUUAAGCUGUUUUUUGGGGGGAUUUUACCCCUAAAAAUGACAGUUUAUGUCUCUGUUUAUGUUACUGUUGAGGACACAUGAAGACGGGCCAAAUGCAGAGGACACACAGGGACGAUUCAGACGCAGAGGACACGUGGGGAUGGGGACAAACAUGGAGGACACAGGAGGACGGGUCAGACGCAGAGGACACACGAGGACGGGUCAAAUGCAUAGGACGCACAGGGACAGUCUCUCUUUACUGUUGGCAGGGAUCAGAUUGGUCAAAAAUGGAGACACCUGGGACAUUUCUUGUGGGACAUAUCAGUGGUUUUGUAUAACUGCUGGGACAAAUGUUUCAAAUGUGUCAAACUUCAGUAGCUGGACUUCCACUCAGACCUGAUGGACACACCCAGAGCAGCCGCGAGGUAAGAAAAGUCUUAAAAAGGUCUUAAAUUUCAUGUUCCAAAAUGAAGACCUUAAAAACUCUUAAAUUAUAUUGUCCAAGUCUUAUUUUUUUCACAAAGGUCUUAAAAUUCAUGAGCCUAUUUUUUUGUUUACUCAACCGUGCUGCAGUACAAUGUUAAACGUGAAAUAACGUAACUUGAAUGAACGUCUAAUUUGGAGUAUGCACAAACAAUACUUUGUUUUUUGGCGCCGGCGGCAACAAGUAAACGAUCAGUUCUGUCUACACUGCCCAAGGCCCCGUUCACACGAGUUCAUAUUGGAGUGUUUUUUGUUGUGGAUGCAGUGUUCGUUCUCACUAAUCCGAUGGAAAACGGCUCCAGAGACGAAACGAUCUGGUGCCUCCAGCUCCCACGAAUUCAUCUGAUCCUUGACCGUGUGGACGCCUGAAAACACUGAUACUCUGAUGUAGGUCUGUGCACCACGAAGUAAUUCACCCCCAAAACACUAAGAGUCUAGAACAGGGGUGUCAGAACUCAUUUUGGUCCGGGGGCCAUAUCCAACCUACUUUGAUCCCAAAGGGGCCGGAUCAGAAAACUCAUGGCAUAUAAACCCCAAAAAUAACAAUAAGUUCAAAUAUUUCUUCUAAUCUUUUUUAAUUGAUGAACUCUUUCUUUUACAAAAUAUUAUAAUAUUAUGAACAACCUGAAACUUUAAGAAAAAUGCAAUUUCAACACAAUGUUUUAACAUGAACUUGUUUGCAAAUAGGAAUAAGUAAAUUUUUGUUGUAAAAUCCUGCACUCGGCUCCACUUUUCUCAUGUUGGACAUUUUUCUGAUGAGGGUGUCACGGUCAACAGUCAAAACGAUCGUCCUUUAAGAGCGUUUGGAAAGAGACAAGUCUUCAUUUGUGCUGCUCUGGUGGGAGGGGCCACGUACAGAGACGCUGGAGACGCUGCUGUGAUAAACACCACAGAAAAUUACCAAUAGUUUAAUCAAAAUAUUUAAGGUGAAAAUCAGCCAAGGGCCAGGUUAAAGGUCUUGGAGGGCUGGAUCUGGCCCCCGGGCCUUAUGUUUGACACCUGUGGUCUAGAAUAUCUGUCCCUUCAUAUAAACGUGUGUCUGUGUGUUCGACCUGCAGACGUAUAAUCUCUGAAAAGUUUCACAUGAACCAACAACACGACAGAAACACAGAACAGACUCACCAUCAGCAGAACACCCCUCUGUCACAGAAAGAACACUCAUAUUCCACUGAGUCACUGUGUCCUUUAGUCCGACACAAACUGAACCACAUCAGGGCACGAGGAAAGAGCUGUUUUUAUCAACACUUAGUUUAUGCAAAUGAGUCAUGUGGUUUUAAGUUUUGUUUCUGUAAAAUGUAAAUAAAUGUGCUUCUGAUGCAGUGAUA